UCGACGUCGUCGCUGUGGUAAAUGUUGCGAUGUCGCCCGUUUGCCAGUAACGCUUAUUUUACAAAAUCAACCUUUACGCCUAAAAUAAAUGUAAAUUGAUAUAACAUAAUUUUUGUUUUUGCAGUUAGUUAUUCAGAUGGACGACCCAGUUGUCAAAAUGCCAGCAAAGCCCGGGAAUAACUAUCCGUAUUUACUGGUACAGGAAGGAAUAAAGAAAAAUCAGUCGUCCGAGAGACUCCGGAAGUUCCUUAGUACCAAGGUGAUGCGCCGGGCCCAGAUCGAGCUGACCUACAUACGGGAACUCCAGGACUGGCUUAACGACCUUCGACCCCUAACAGAAGGCACAUCAAAUGGCUACUUAGAUAAUGAGGUGACGCGCAGGAUCAUUGGCUCGUUGAAGACCGAUACCCAGGCCGUUAUUGAGGCCAGACAGCGAGCCUACAAUAUGCUAAUGUCCGAGUCUGGACCUUACGUUAAACUACAAAGCUGCGAGACCCAAAUGUCGCAAAUAGAUCUGCAGUUCGUGGAAAUAUUCAAGAAACGACAGGAAGUGGAGGACGAAUUCAAGAAACAGCAAGAUAUGUUUGAGCACACGAACAAUCAAAUCGAGGCCUUAGAAACAAAACUAGCGCAUAGAAGUCACGUGAUCACCGCACGGCGUCCGGCGUCUCGCGCGGGUCCCAGGAAGGUGGACGAGAUGCGCGAGUCGCUUUCGAAACUGCGUCACCAGAACGAGACCGUGUCGGAAAAGGCGGAAAUGCUGCGCGAGAAGCUUGCGGAAAUUGACAGCGCUAACUCACAGACGAUGGCCGAGAUGGAUUCCCGCCUUCAGGAGCUCGAGGCGGACCGAAUACGCGCCAUGGUCGAGCACGUGAAAACAUACUUGACGCACGUGGCGGAGACGCUAUAUCAAGGAGUGCCACGUGACUUGAAGGUCGAAGGUCACCGGAGCCUGGACAGCGUCGAGGGGCUGCUCAAGGUGCACUGGGUUGACGUGCGAGCAAACGCCAAGCGCGUGGAGCGGGGAGACAGCGUCAAAUACACGGAAAUGUUCGGGGUGGAUCCAAUGCGCUCGGACAGGAAAUUGGACAACAAGACCGACGUCCGGUUGCGCAACGGCCGGUCCAGGGGUUCAAAGGACGGUGCCGUCUCUCUUGGGGGCAUCACCAAAGGACUCAGCAGCGAGUUGCGCAGCGAUCCCGAGAGACGCCAACAUAAAGUGCUGACGUCAUCACAUAGUAUGGAAUUACAUAACACGGGCAGCAUCCUGAGCCAUCUUACGCAGACUUCCGGUUCCGAUUCCUCAUUGGAGGACUUUGUGCCCGUUCAAAUCAUGAACGGAAGUCGGAGCAACUUUGUGACCAAGUUCAACCCGGGAUCGAACACAGCCAGAACAACAAAAUCAAAAGAUUCCAUUGAGAGCUUGGAACUGCCACCCGAAGAACGAUGCGUCGCAAACAUCAGCAGCGUCGACCCGAACCGCCAGUAUAGGACACGUGCAACCCUCGCCAAGAGUGACGAACACCCCACCACCGCUCAAAUCACAGAAUACAGUUCCAUGACCCGUUUCGACGCAGAUGACAGUAGCUCGGAGACGGAUAGCGGCGGAAAUGACGUCACAAACGCAAAAAAUCUGACAAACGUGCGCAUGAUCGCAAAACAGGACAAUUAUCCCGCACCCGGGACUGAGGAGCUAGCCUUUAAGGCCGGUCAAAUAAUCAAACAGAAGCGCGGCGUGGACACCAAUGGAAUGUGUUACGGCUGGACGCGGGAGGGCCGGAUGGGCCGCAAAAUAUACGGUUACUACAAGCCCGCCGUCGUGCGGCUGAUGAACCCUAGCCGGCUUUCAAAGUAGACUCCCAAGAAGAUAAUCUGUGAUAUUAUUAGGGACUUUCGUCCAAACUUACAUGUGCAUUCAUGUUUUAUGUUUCGCAGUCUUUUUUAAUUAUUUAUAAUGGCAAUACAGUGUUUUGUUUGUAUAAAGAA